GACUCUGAUUUCCCUUCAAACUGCGAUGGUGGACCACUUGCUCUCUACUGACGCAAGCUACCUGUCAAUGAGGCCCCCUGUGGGUUACCUCAGCAAUAUGGUGAUGCACAGGCGGGGCUACCAGAUGCUGCAAUCCCCCCUCUCUGAGGAUGAUAGCGACUGUUCCAGCUCACGCUCCUGCUCCAGUCCUGACUCUUUGGUGCUAAGCUCCAGCUACAAGAGCACUGACAGCGGGGACAGCAUCGUAGAUUACCUGCUUUCCCAGGCUUCCAUUGGGAGUUUCCCAACACAGUGUUGGGGCAAGAAGGAUUGUCACUCAAUUGUCAAGAAGGAAGUUCGGGAAUUUCCCAAUUUUGGAAUGGAGAUGGAGGAUUUGGGGUUAUUCCAGCCAACGCUGGAAGAAAUUGAGGAAUUCCUUGAGGAGAACAUGGACGUGGGCUCGAAGAAUGAAUCCAAAAGCGAGGCGAAGGAACUGAAAAGUGGGGAUUGGGGAUCAGCCAGCACGGUGCAGGAGAAAAACCAAAUAAAAGCGAGUCCCAUGCAACCAAAGUAUGAUCAGGUCAGCAAAGGGAUGAGUGUGAGGAAUACUGAAGAAGCAUUGAAGGUUGAAGGAGCCAUCCCAGUUAUUCUUCAUCUCCAACCCAUUCAGGUGAAGCAGGAACAAGGCAGUGCUGUUAGCCCACCACCUCGGACAGACCUGAAGAUUGCACAGCUCCUCGUCAACAUUCAGGGACAAGCGUUCACGCUGGUGCCUCAGAAUGUGCAGUCGUCCAGCCUGAGCUGCUCCCGCCAGUUUGUUCGGAUUGCACCCGUGCCCAUCGCUGCCAAGCCCAUGGCUGGAGUUGUCGACAGUUCCCAGGUCCAAGGUGGGGUCCUUCUGGGCCAGAAAUUUCAAAAGGGGACCCCAGUGGAACUGCUCAAAAUGCACAAGUGCACGUUUCCAGGAUGCGCUAAGAUGUACACCAAGAGCAGCCAUUUGAAAGCUCACUUAAGAAGACACACAGGAGAAAAACCAUUCGCCUGCACUUGGCCAGGAUGUGGCUGGAGGUUUUCGAGGUCUGAUGAGCUGUCUAGACACAGACGUUCGCACUCCGGGGUCAAACCGUACCAGUGUGCAGUUUGUGAAAAGAAGUUUGCUCGCAGCGACCACCUGUCCAAACACAUCAAGGUCCAUCGGUUCCCUAGGGUCAGCCGGACAGCCCGACCGAUGAACUGA